UUAGAAUAUGAAGGUGUGCAGAAAUUUUAAAAAAUGACCUGGCAUCCCUGAUUUUGACAGUUCUUGUGGCUCACAACAUUUCUCCGCCAUAAUCACUAAACUUCAACAGCAAUAACAAACAUUUCUCCGCUCAUCAGUCCAUCUCUCCCUUUGAGUAUUAUGGUAUAUCGCAUUUUGUUUAGUGUUAAUUAGGUUAAUUAUUAGCUUUGUGUUUCUUAUUUAAAUUUGAUUUCGAUAUUUAAUAAUUAGUUUUCUAUUAAAAAACUCGUGAGUCAUACUAAUUCAACAUGAAUUUGGCUUGUGCAAUAUGUUCGGAUUUGGUUAUGCCUUCUGAAGAUAUUCAUAUGACUCCUUGUGGUCAUUCCUUUCACUAUAGUUGUUUGAUCCAGUGGCUAGAAAGAUCAAAGACUUGUCCUCAAUGCCGGAAUAAAUGCCACGAAAAAAGCCUAAUCAAAGUUUACUUCAAUGUUGCUGCGGGCGAUGUAGUUGAAGAUAGUGCAACGCUGCUUCACAAGUUAGAUGCUAUGACUUUGUCGGUUCGAGAAAUGGAAAAAAAACUUAAAGAAUUUGAGGAAAAAGAUGCGUCGUAUAAGUCUGAGCGAAAAAAAAUGAAGAAAACCCUAACAACGCUGGAAGAUAUGAUAAAGUCAAAGGACUUUACGAUCGCUGCCUUCAAGCAGGAGACAGAUAUGCUUCGUAAUGACCGAGCGCAUAUGCAGAAGUUACAAGAUGAACUAAAAACAUUGAAAGCUAAAAUGGAUUUGAUGUCGACCAUCGAGCAUGUUGUUUCGGCGACAGCUAAAGAAGUAGAAGAAAUGCUGGCCCAUGAUGAUAAUCCGCGAACCUUGGCUGUUUUAGUAGCAACUUUGAAACGAGAAUUAAAAGCUAGUGAUGCUAAGAAGCACGAAAUGCGCGAUAGGAUUAAAACAAUCCAGAAUGAUCUUCAUCAAGAACGAGUCCGUCGGAAACUGCUAGAAGAUAAGCUGUCCACUGCGGAUAGUGAAGUCUAUCGCUUGGAGCAAGAAAUUAAACGCCUGGAAAUGAAUGCAGUGAACGGUUCUGACGGAAGCGAGUCGGACUCGGUUAUUUUAAACACGCCAGAGCAACCUUGUAAAAGAAAACGGCCAGAGCUUAACAUGGAUAAAAGUACUCCGAUGUCGGACAAGGUGCAAAAUAUUCUGGAAGCGGAUUCGCCUUAUUUUCAAAUCAAAUCUAGCAGUGUUGGUCUAACACCACUUCUUCGAGCAGGACUAAGUGCAACGGCAGCAGUAACCAAAAAGCAUCCCAAAGAUGCACAGCUGAGUAGAGCACAAAGUGACCUUUCAGAGAAAUUUUCAAUUUUUCGUAACCCGCGAAUGGCAACAAAAAAUAGUAACACGUAUUUGCACAAAAAUCUUGUAUUUAAUGGUCUGGGAGGAUCAGAACGCAAGGAAAAUUUUCCUGGUUUUCCUCUCCCCAAAGGAUCGCUACAACCUACAGAAAAUUCAAGCACGACCAGCAAAACCAUAGAGCCAAUAAACAAUACCACAUCUCGCUUAAAAACAGGCAAACUGACGAGGCACCCAUCCACAAUUUUAACUUCAGCUCAAGACUCUAGCAGUUAUGAUGAUAUCCUGAGUUUUCCAUUGGAUGACUGAACUACAGGUUGUAGUUUUGUUAUAAUAUAGUGUGUAUAAAAUAUUGACCGAUUUGUUUAAA